AUCCAUCCACGGGAGGACCACCCGCCCUGUCCCCCAGCGACCACCCUGCAUGCGAGCGUAACUGACAGGUCUGAGAUACUCAGGGGAAGGUUCCAAUCAGAUGGGGCUAGCUGAAGGUCCGAUCGGUCGUGCCGCAUCAUCCAGAGGCGCUGUACCACCCUACGAUCCAUCACCGCCACCCUUUGGUUGGGUGGGGGGCGGGUGGUACUGAGGACUUGGGCGAUGAUAUGCGAGGAGGCACCGUAGCACCCUGCACAAAGGUGGCCCUUCCCCCCCAGGCGAAGGGCCAAAUUCCACAUCCCCCGCCACGAGCCCUCUAUAUGGCAACGGUAUUAUUAGGGGCUCGCGGCGAGGAUUAUUCCCCAGUGCUACUGAAGCGCCUGCCAUAACGGCGACUGGGCCGUUCCACCACUCAGCAGGGAGUCCAGGGACCCUCUGGCGACAACCGACCAAGGCCGCCAUGCCCCAGGCGACGAAGGCGUUCUGCACCGAUGGCCAUUGGCGGGUGGAUCGGGUCGAGACCUGUCCGUGGGCCCGUGACAGCAACACUUGGUCCGUGUCCUUCCUCCUAUCCAUCCGACCUCUCCUGCCUGCUUCCUCUCCUCCCUGGACUGUGGACCGACUCAUAUCCGGUGGAUAAGGAUGGGCCCUACCGGGAUGGGCCAAUUUCCGCCGACACCAUCACCAGCAAACAGCUCCGUCGGUAUCUACGGCACGGGAAACACUAUCUGCCUAGGUACAUAGGCGCGAUCCGAGUUGCUGGGAGGGUGUUCCUGUCGACGGAACGUGCUGCCACCAAUCUCCGUUGGGGCUGCGGCAUCCGUCAUGGAGGGAGGGGCCAUGCUGGGCCAUGUUGGAUGGAUGGAGGGGCCACGUACAUCAGGUACCGCGAAGUCUGCCCGGCAUGACAGGCUCGUAUCUCUUGGAGAGCCAUGCGGAUGGCCUGGGCACAGGCGGUGAUUGGCAGGGAAGCUUGGGUGUUGCCUCAUCCGACCCUCGGAUGGAGGGUGGGAUGAUGGUUGAGGGACAAAGCGAGGAUCUGAGCAAGUAGCAGAUCGGCUUUGUUCAUUGGGAAUUGAAGGAUGUCGCCAUGGCUGGUGACCGUGUCAGAUGGGGGGAUUUUCUGGAACGAUUGCUGGUAUGACGAUGGGCGAUGGAUGGUGGGCCCGGGGUAUGUUGGUGGGUGGGAGACGGACUGGUAAGUGAAGAACAGAACACCGAAAGGGAAAAUAGGAGACCAACAAGAUUGGCGGUGGGCAGGGCGAGAGGGAAAAAUAAAAUAAAAUCAAACCGAUGAACAGACA